AUGCCGCGGGAGAGUCGCCGCCAGAGUUAUGAGGGCUCUGACAGGCGCAAACCUGAUCGCGAGCGAGACAGAGACCCGGACCGGGAACGGGAUACAGACCGAGACCGAGACCGUCGCCGGGACAGAGACGUUGAAGACACCCAUCGACGCAGAGAGAGAGACAGCAACUACCGCACCCGAUCCGACUACGACCCGAUGCCCAACCCGCCGUCCUUUACAAACAUGCCCUAUGCCGCACCAUCCUCACCUCCUCGCCAGUAUAGUGGCCCUUACAACGUCAAUACCCAAGGAAACCAGAGACGAAGGGCUCCCUCGAAUUCUAGCUAUGGCAGCUCCAGCUCGUCCUCGGUCCUCGACAUUUCCAGACACUACCCGCAAAGCCGUUACGGCGGUUUCCUAGGUACUUUUUUCAAGGCGCCCUCGGAGCGCCGCCGCCGCAAUUCGGCUCGACGGGCUGCCCGCUCAUCCAAGCGCCGCACCUCAUUCUACUUUGGCGGCGCUGGCAAUUCGUCGUCGUCGUCGUCUGUCAAUUCCGACCUCGCCUACGGAUACGGAUACAUUCCCAAGCUGCACCGCCGCCGCAGCAGCCGCCGCCGCGACUCUGGCGGCAGCAACAGCUUUCGAUAUGGCGGCGCUGCAGCCGCUGCGAGCGGCAGCGGGUCGCGCUCGGCCAGGACAAGAGACGGCGACGUGCCUGAUGCUCCUCCAUCACGCAGGCCGGACGGCCACGGCCCUACUACAACGCGCGGCAAGACGGAUGAAGAAAUUCUCGACAUUGGCCGCCAGCUGUCCGACCUGGCGCGCAAACAAAACAAGCACGAUUUAAAGGCUGCGGGCUACGUCAAGCCCACGAUGCUGGCUGCAGCAGCCGCGGCAGGGCUUGGCAAGUACCGCAAAAGUCGCAACGAGGCUCGUUCUCGCGGAGUUGGCAGCUCGCGCAUCCAUGGAGAAUCGUCGAGUGACGAAUCUGAUUGGGAGGAUGCUUCAGAUGAUGAGAGCGACGGCGCAGACUCUGUGCUUGCGUAUGGAUCUGUCGUCUCCUCUGCCGUGCGGCCCACUGCGGCGGCUGGAAGGUCUAGCUACGGUGCUGGACCCUAUGCCAGCGGCGCUGUGAUGGGUGGCGCUGGAGCGGCUGCGGCUGCGGCUGCGGCUCUGGCAGAUCCUCAACGACGCAGCUCUGUUGUCGACCCUCGCCUGUUUGGCCCCGUCAAUUCGCUGCGCGGCAUGAUCAACACACCGUGCGGAUUUGGCCAGGAUCCGCAUCCUGCCCCCCCAUCCGUCACGUACCAAACGCCCGCGGACGCCCGUCGAAAUGGCGUCGAGUCUUUGGACAACAGACGUCCCAUGCGGGAAGUCUACCCUGUUCCUACGUCGGAUCCUAGCAGGUUUGAUGCCGACGCCAUCAUUGUACAAGAAGAGCUGCCUCACCGUUCUCAUACGUCUACCGUGCCCCUCGAGCAACCUGUUCCGAAGCUUCCUGUUUCUUCCAAAGUAUACGAGGCGGAGAAGUUGGAGGACUCUAGCCGUCGCGAGUCACGCCAUGGCAAAGACCGUGACAAUCUGGGCAAAGACCGUGAUAGCUAUGCUAAAGACCGUGAUAGCUAUGCCAAAGACCGUGACAGCCAUGGCUUCAAUGGCAGUACUGUUGCUGGUUUUGCGGCAGCUGCCAUUGGUGCUACUGGUGUCGCUGCUCUGGCUUCUGACCGCAAGGAGGACAAAAAGGAGAAGAAGGCGCUGCGCGAACGUGAACGGGAGCGCGAGCGCGACAAGGAGCGUGAACGAGAGGAUCGCGAGCGCGAACGAGCACGUGAAAAGGACCGUAACCGCGACAAAGAACGAGAACAGGAACGUGAGCGCGACAGGGAUCGAAGAGAUCGUGAUCGCGAGCUCAAACGACGAGACAAGGAUUCUGACAAGGAGGGUAAAAAGUCGAAACGUGAUUCGCAUUCCUCCUCAAAGUAUGACGACAAAGACCACAAGCGCCACUCUAAACACGCCGACGAAGAUACACCUCGAAAGCGUCGCGAAACGGAAGCCGACCACUACGCCGACUCGCCGUCGUCUCGCAAGGACCGCAGCAAGCGUGAAAUUGAUGAGCCUCGCAGCGAACUCUCUCGCUCGUCCAAGCGAGAUAGCAAUUCAUACUCUAGUCGCGACGAUCGCAAGGAGGACAAGGGCAAGUCUGUCGACAGAUAUGACUUCAGCUAUAACCAAGGAACCCCCAGCUCCAAAGUCAACCCGUUCCUGUAUCAAGUAUCCGACGGUGCCUUCUCUACCACCGUUCUGCCCGCCGUCGAAGCGCCUGCGGAUCGGCCACUGACACCUAACAUUGUCACGAUUGAUCGCGAGCCGAAUUUCGAUGACUACGAGCCGUACCUGCCACUAGAACCUUCCGAGUCGAGACUGAGCCGAAAAGAUUCCUUCGAAAUCCAGGAGCGGCCCCAAGACUAUCAAGUCCACCCCAAGCGCUACGACCAUGGCAUUCAUGUCUACGAAGAGGGUGAGCAUGAAGCAAGCAGCAUCUAUGACCAAGCGAAACACGCUACCAUUCCUGUAGCUGCAGCUGCUGUUGCUUCCGCCAUUGCUGUGGAAACGGAACGCUCUCGCGAACGUCGUCGAGGCCAGUAUGACGAGGAAGGCUCUCGAGACCGCGGAUCCUGGCGCAGAGACACUGUCCAGGAAGAAGCCGACAAAUACUACAGGGAAUCUGUAAUUGCUCGCAAGAUUGAGGAGGAACAGAUACGCAGCCAGACACCCGAGAAUGAUACUAGCCGGCAGGUCAGAAUCGUUACCCCUCCCGAGAUGCACGAGCAGCAUAAGAACGUCGGCCCUUACGAUGCGCCCAACGCCGAUGUACGAAUCGACAAUCAGCUCUUUCCCAAGGAAGCUAAUAAGUUUGACAAAAAGAAUGGUAAGCGCAAGUCCAACUUCAAGUCGCGCGACCCAUCCUGUGAACGAGACCGACCUGUCCUGAACCUCGUCUUUCCUACUCCGAUCCCUAGUAGGGAGCCGACACCCAGAGUCGAGAGACAAACAACUCGGGAUCAGCGUGAGACACGAACUAGAUCUGACCCAUCCGCAGAAGUUGCCAUUGGACCCAAAGGAGAUAUCAUCAAGAUUGAGCCGUCAAACAAAUCCGUAUCCUGGGGCGAGAAUUCUACUAAGAGCUUUGAGGUAGAGAGUGCUGAUGGCAGGAGCGAUGUAGAGAAAGAAAAGGUUGUUGAACCGGAGGACAAACCGAGAGUCCGAUUGACCAGGGCCAGCCCGUGGAGUAUGGUGGCUGCCGCCGUUGCCGGUAGCGGCAGUGAGCCCUCAGGUAAACCCGACACAGUUUCCGAGCGCAAGUACGACACAGAGGACUACAGCUCCAAAAUUCCUGAUAUCCAGGAAAUCAGCCAAACACAACCCGAACAAGUCUACAAUGUCGACACGCGCGACCAACCUCCGGUCCCUGGGCCCAAACCUACCAGUCCCCCGAGGAGUACACUGCCCGGAUCAUUUGCCGACGAUGUCGAAUUUGCGGCAACUCUCGCUGCUGGACUCAAGGAUACCGGCUUCGAUUCCAAUAUUGUCGUCGAUGAUCCUACCUAUCGACGACGUGACUCGCCGCCCGGCACGAAGGAAGCGAAUGGCGACGAAUGGAACCACAAAUCCAUGUCCGACAUUGUCAUGGACAUUACUAAUAAGAAGGACUCCAGCCGUUCCGUAGUAUCAGAACCUGCCGGCAUUACUCGCGACAGACCGGUCAACGACCACAGCAAUGGAGGAGACGAGUGGGAAGCGCCCAAGAAGCUGAGUAAGAAAGACAAGAAGAAGCUCGAUAAGCUCAAGUACCAGUCACUAGACUCUUUCGAACCCAUUAACCCCACAGAGACGAUUAAUCCUGAUCCCGCUGGAACACCGGCCUUUGAAGAUGCCGUCGAGGACUUGUCCAAGCUUUCGAAGAAGGAGCAGAAGCGACGUGAAAAGCAAGCCAAAGCUUUAUCCCUUCUUGGAGGCGGUGGCCGCGAUACCGAAGCCGAGCCGGCGGCCGAACCUGAGAUUGUGUCCGAAUCUGUCAAGCACUCUCACCCGACUGAAGACACUGUCGACAACUCCUGGGAAGAUUCAUCGAGCAAGAAAAAAAAGAAGAAGGAUCGCAAGAGUCAAGAGAUGGCUCCCGAGGAAAGCAUCAUAGUUCCUACCGAUGCCUUUGACGAUUUGCAAUCCCUACGAAAGCUGGACAAGGACGAUACUGUAUCCACUGCUAUCGAGGAAUGGGAUACCCCUUCCAAGUCGAAGCGAAAGUCCAAGUCGGACAAGGACGAUACUGUAUCUACUGCUAUCGAGGAAUGGGACACCCCCUCCAAGUCGAAGCGAAAGUCCAAGUCGGAUCGCGAUGAAAGCACACGCUCUGUUGCCGAGUCAGAGUUGUCCACUUCAAGCAAGAAGAGCAGCAAGUCCAAGAGACGAAGCGGUACUGAAGGCGACUUUGACGGCUACGGUAGCGAUCGGAGUAAGAAGAGCAGCAGAUCCAAGCAUCGCGAGGGUGAGGAUGGAUACGGCAGCGAUGUGAGCAAGAAGAGUAGCAAGUCGAAGCGUCGUAGCGGCGCAGAAGGCGACUUUGACGGAUAUGGCAGCGACCGCAGUAAGAAGAGCAGCAGAUCCAAGCAUCGCGAGGGUGAGGAUGGAUAUGGUAGCGAUCGCAGCAAAAAGAGCAGCAGAUCCAAGCAUCGCGAGGGUGAUGAUGGAUACGGCAGCGAUAUGAGCAGGAAGAGCAGCAAGUCGAAACGUCGCAGCGGCGCAGAAGGAGACUUUGACUACGGCAGUGAUAUCCCAAGCCGGAGACGCAGUCUCUUUGAUGACCGCGACGUCUCGUCUGUGGUGUCUGAGGCUCGUGGCGACGGCCGUCGCCGCGAACGUGAAAAGGACAGAGAUCGCGAUCGGGACAGAGACCGAGACGAACGCAGCAGCAGCAAGCGCUCGUCGCGCAAUUACGAUGACGAUGACGACGCCCGCUCCGUCGUCUCUGUCGCUUCUGCCCCCGGCGGCAUCCGCAAGAGCAAAGACAGCAAACGCUCCAGCGGCUUGUUUGCCAGUAUUUUCAAAAGAGAUGACGACAAGAAGGAGAAGGAGUCUUUUUUAGAUAAUGCCGGCACCCUUGGCGCGGGUGUCGGCUUGGCGGGCGCUGCAGCUAUUGUCGCUGCCAGCGUCGCUCGCUCCAAUGCCACCGACCGCUCCGGCGAGGCCCAUAAAGACGAUGAUUCUCAUCAGACCUCGCGAGUCGAAUCUUACGAUUACGAUACCUUUGAUCCUGAAAUUGCUCCUCGCGCAAUCAAGCCUGCCAUUGAUCCCCAGUAUGGUGAUCUUCUACCUCUCCCACCGAGCGAACCCGGUAGCCCGCGAUCAGAGCCUGGUGACUUGCCGCCUCUCCCAGACAGCCGCCCAGACACCCCUCCCGAGGAGCACGGCAUGAGACGCGACCAGCUCACACACCGACGCCGACGCAGCACUCAAGAGACGCCUGUCAAGUCGCCCAGCAACACGGCCAUCCCCCUUUCGCUUCGUCUGGGACAGCGACCUCCUUCUAGUCCCAGUGGCACCUUCAAAUCUCCUCCCACCAGCUCAUCUGCGCAAACAAGCACCGCGCCAGACUCGACAGCUAAGCGAGCCUCUCGUGGAACAUCCUGGGACAGCAGCAGAGAGUUUAAACCCCUGUACCUCCUCGAGCACUCCCGUCAUGGUUCAGCCGAGACCAUUGCGAAGCAAGAGGAUCUUCCAGCUCUUCCACCUUCUAUCUCUGCCUCGGAAAUCUCCUUCACCGAGGACAACUCUCCCGCUGAUUUUGCUUCUUCUGGCCUUCACAUUGAUACCCAAGACUUGCCACAUUCCUUCGAACAGCACGGUGGCUCACAGGAAACCACCCCCAAGGCCGAGAUCAAGCCCCAGUUCCCGUCUCAUGAGGAACAAGGGCCCGUCAUGGAUCCUAAUGCUGUCGCCUCCAUGUCUAAAGACCGAAGCUCUUACCUCCUCGAAUCAACACCCUCGUCGACCAAGACGACUGCCACUCUGGACAGUGAAUUGUCACAGAGCGACCCUGGCUCCACCCCCAGCAAGCACCGUAGAUCAGCCGACAUCAUGCCCGAGAUUACGGAGGACCUGACGUCUGCUGAUGAACGAUUCGAGGAUGCUCUAGACAUGCCAUCGGCUGGCUCGCGCCGUUGGUCGCAUGAUUCAGUAGCCAUGCAGGACGCUUCGGAGCAUCAUGAGUUGGCACCUGACCCUGAGCUACUGACGAAGAAGGCUCCUGCUCCAGCAGAAGAGUCUGUUGCGGAGCCUGAUGAGUGGGCUGGACUCAGCGCCAAGCAGAAAAAGAAACUGAAAAAGGCCAAGAAGGCUCAGUCCUUGAACCUGAGCGAGCCCACCGCUGAGCCUGCUGCUGAGCCUGCUGCUGAGCCCGCUUCUGAACCCGUCUCCGACUCAACUCCCGAGCCCGCUUCCGAAAUAACUUCUGAAUCCGCUCCCGACUCGACUUCCGCACCCCUCUCCGAGCCUGUUCCUGUUGUUGAUGAGCCUGUCUCUUCCAUGUCCGGCCCUGUUGAAGACACCGAAAGUGCAUCCCCUCAAGGCGAAGCUUUUGAAGGGCCCAAAAAAUCCAAGAAGGGCAAGAAGAAUAAGAAGAAGUCUCAAUCACUGGAAAAUGAUGCCCUUGAGGCUGCGUCUAUUGUUGCAGGUGCUGCUACCCUUGGUGCUACUGGACUGGCAACUCAGCCAGCUGAUAACACGGAAUCUGCCGCGGAUCCCCAGCCCGACACCAAGCUUGUACCUUCAUCGGAAGCUACCGACAAUCAUUCUGUCGCAGAGAAAUAUGACACUAAACCCUCGUCUUCAACUGAGGCCAUUGACAACAAUUCAUGCGUCGCAGAUCCCAUGCCCGAUACCGAAUUUUCAUCCUCAGCCGACACCUCCAAAAAUCUUCAUACACAGACUCAACAUGGUCUUACUGAGGGAAAGGGCCUUCCCACCGAGACUGAGCCUUCUGCGAAAGAGGCAGAACCCCAGGAGCUACUCACAAAGACGAGUGACGAGAGCACAAAAAGCCAGCAGCUCGACAUUCAGCCUGAGGUCGACUCAAAAUCUCUGCAAGAAUUGAACACCAAAGAGCUUCUUGAGCAAGAGACGUCUCUCCCUCUGAAAGAAUUAGCAGCUCAAGCCACUCCAGUUGAGGCUGAAAUUGCCCCCGAACCGCAGCCAGAUAAGACUGAGGACAUUACUGCAGAUGCUACAGAUGAGUGGUCGACCACUUCCAAAGUUUCCAAAAAAGAUAAGAAAAAGAAGAAAAAGAAGUCUCUCGUACUUGACGAUGUAUCUCCUGAGCCCGAGCCAGCAGCAGAAGCUGUUCAAGAAACUCCUAUCGCGACAGAAUUUCAAGACAACGCCCUUUCUGCUAAGGAGCAAACAACUGACAUCACUCCAACCAAAGCUACCGCCUCCUCUGAACCGCAGCUAGAGAAGGACGAAGGCACUUCUGUAGAUGCUGGUGACUGGUGGACUUCUUCUGCUUCUAAGAGCGAUAAGAAGAAGAAGAAGAAGAACAAGAAACAGUCCGUUAUGCUUGACGAUGUUCCUGCUGAGCCCGAACCAGCGCCAGAGGCCAAAAUCGAGACCCCGAUGGUAGGAGAAGAUGAAGGCAAGGCUCUUGCCACCGAUUUCACUGCUACUACGACGAACGUUGAGCAAAACCAGCCUGAGCAUAGCCUUGCUGACCUCGCAGCCGACCCACCCACCGAGGCUGCAGAUACCAAGACCGUCGAUGCAGAUGCGGCCUGGCCAGUUUCAACUACUUCUAAGAAAGACAAAAAAAAGAAGAAGAAGAGCUCGCUUUCUAUCAUCGACAAUGCUAUAUCUGCCGAGGAGCCAGCCUCCACUACUGACGACCUAUCCUCAGUGGUCAAAGAUACUGGAAAGAUUGAGUCUGUUUCCGAUAAAGAACCUGAGCAACCCGCCGUGCUCGAUGUGUACAAUGACAAAGAAACCUCUAUCGACCCUGAAGAUGAGUUUGCUGCUGUUCCCCAAGACAAGAAGAAACAGAAGAAGGGCAAACGCAAAUCUGUGCAUUUCGAACCCGAGCCUAUCUUUUCACCCGAGCCUAGCUUUUCACCCGAAGAAGAGGACACAAUCGUGUCAGCGCAAGAUACCGUCUUUGAUGAAACGCAACAGGAUCUUACCAGCGCCAACACUACGCAAACAGACAGCCAACCUCCUACGGAUCUGCAGAACGACACCCUUGACCCCGACAAGAAAGACGAGAAGGAUACGAGUCAGGAUGUAUGGAGUUUGGUCAAUGACUCCGCUUCAGACAAGAAGGAGACUGUCUCUUCUAAGCAAAUCAAACUCGACGAUGUAACUUUGAAUACCGCUACUGCCGAAUCUGACAAGAACUUGGACUCUAUCGAUGUGAACCCCGCUACAGUUACCGCUGAGGAGAGGGAGAAGCCAGCUCUUGCUGAUGUCACGUCCGCCGUCGCUACCGACAAGACAGAGGCGGAAUCAGAGGACGAAUGGAGCAGACUCAUCUCGGGAAACAAGGCGAAGGAGCCCGAAGGCGACACUGUUCUCGCUUCUGGUCUGACAGAUGAGCCUGAAAGCAUAAUUGACGUCUCUGCCACGGCCAAUGAAGCUUCAGCAUUCGAACCGAAGAAAGAAACCCCUUCUCCUACGGAACCGCCUCUGGAGGAAUGGCCGGUGGCGACUGGAAAGAAAGGCAAGAAGGGCAAGAAGAACAAUAAAUCGAUGUCCUCCAUCUCCUGGGGCGAACCUGAGGCUCAGCUAGACACCACUGCCGCUACCGAGUCUGCCUCUGUGGUUAUUCCCGAGCCGGAGACUCUGUCCAAGUCCAUUGAUGCCGAGGGAAGCAUGUCGCGUGAUUCGAUUGCCGCAGAGGCGAACGAGCCUAUUACCGAGGAGCCAGCCGCCGAAGCUCCUGCCGAACCCGCUGCUGCCGAUGCCGAUAUCCUCAUCCCAGCCAAGAUGUCCAAGAAGGACAAGAAGAAGAAAAAGCUGGCAGCUCUGCAGGAGGCCUUUGUUGAUACUCCUAAGGAUGCUACUGAAGUCGAAACCGCGGUACCGGUUGAUGAGAUGCCUGUUGAGCCUUUGGAUGGAGGCGCUGCUGAAACUGCCAAAGAAGAAAAUGUAGAGCAGGCCGAUUCAGUUGCUCCAACCCUUGAACCAGCUCCUGAGCCGGAGCCAGUCCCCGCGCAGCAGGAAAAGAUCAAUCAGGAGGACGGAUCUGACGAAAUGUUCUCAAAGCUUUCCAAAAAAGACAAGAAAAAGAAGAAGAAGAAGCAAGCUUCCAUGGACGAGACGAAAGUUGAGCCUGCUGGUCUUGCCCAGCCUGAUGAGGCCGUACAGACAACCGAACCUGUCCUGUUAACUGAGUCUGUCCUGCCAACAACUGAGCCUGUCCUGUCCACCGAGCUUGUUGAGUCAGCCGAGUCUGUCCAACCAUCCUCUGUCGAGUCCACUGAAUCCAUCCGGGCAAUCGAACCUCAGGCAAUCGAGCCUGUUACCUUGACUGAUCCUGAGACCCAUCAAGCUGUUUCUGGAGCUCAGGUUGAAGCUGCUCUGGAAACCUCUGCUGAGCAAAGUUCUCGUGAGUCGGAGCAAACAAAUACGGACAAGGAACCGGAUGGCUUCUCUGCCAAACUUUCGAAAAAGGACAAGAAGAAGAAAAAGAAGAAGCAAUCUGCUUCCGCAGAGAACGAAGCGGCAACUUCCGAGCCACUGAGUCCUGCUCUUGGGCUUGAGCCACAAGCUGAGAUUCUUGAACCUACCGCGUCAUUGGACUCUCAAAGCAGUGACGCAAUUAAUCCUCAACAAGAAAAUGUGGACGACGAUUUCGGUGUAUUUGCUACCAAAGCUGUUAAGGGAGACACGCAAAGCAAGAGAGACGAAUCUGUCCAGACUCAUGCUCCUCAAGACAACGUAUCACCUGUUGAACACGACCCGCUUGUUAAAGAUGAUCAGCCUGCUGGGGAGUCCGCGCCGGAAACGGCGGCGCUUGUGACUUCAGUCGAAACGAAUCCCACACAGGCUGAAGUCGAGCCUACGGUCAAGAUCUCCGAGCCCGAGACUAUCUCGCAAGCUGCUACCACUGUCGAGCCCGAAACCGAGUGGGGUGACUUGAAUACGAAACUUUCCAAAAAAGACAAGAAGAAAGCAAAGAAAGCUGCGAAAGAGGCUAUCUCACGUACACCCGAGGAGACUCUGGUCGAAGAACCCGCGACUGAGAAGACUGUCGAGCAACCUUUCGAGGCUGUCAUUGCAACUGACUCGGUCGAGAAACCUAUAGAGUCGACUGAACCCUCUCCCCAAGCGACGACGCCCGAGGUUGAGUCGGAGAAGGAAUUGAGCGGCUUGGCAAGGAAAUCUUCGAAAAAGGACAAGAAAAAGAAGAAGAAAUCUCUCAGUCAAGCUCUCUCAACCUUUACGGUUGAAGCUGCUGCGCAGGGUGCAGAUGAGGCCCCUGCCGAACCAGUUGCAGAAGCUGAUGUGUCUAAGCCUGAUGAGGUGAAUUCUGAACCUGUCGCUGAACCUGUCGCUGAACCUGUCAUUGAGCCUGUCAUUGAGCCUGUUUCUGAGCCUGUUUCUGAGCCUGUUUCUGAGUCUGUUGCUGAGCCGGUUGCUGAGCCUGUCGUUGCGCCUGACGCUGAACCUCCUGCUGUAACUAUCGCCAAGCUAGCUUCUGAUGCACCACCCGGAGAAACUGAGACCGAGGACGUAUUGAGCGGUUUGAACAACGAUCUUCCCGAGGACAAGAACAAAGAAGGUCGUGAGCAGGAGGCGACGAGCGAGACAAUAGAGCUGAAUCCCGAAGUUCCCACAAUUGAGUCCUCGAAGGCUGAGACUCAGGAAACAGUUCCGGAUGCCGACGAGAAACCGGGCGUCAAGGAAGCCGAGCCGGACAAUUCGUGGAUGGCGGGCCUGUCUAAGAAGGAACAGAAGAAGUUGAAAAAGAAGGGCUUGACCGCUGCUGCCCUUGGAGCUGCUGCAGCUGCCACUGGAGCCAGCAUGUUGGUUGCAGAAACUCCAGAAACUGCGAGAGACCCAGAGCCUCAGCCGCCGCAGGACGUCAAGGACGAGUUCAAUCCUUCUUCGGCUUCUGGCACGAGUGAAACCGAAGCACGUCAGUUCACGGCAAACAAGAUGUCCAAAGCGGAGAAGAAGAGGGCCAAGAAACUCGGUCUUAAGAUGUACGAUAUCGGUGAAUCUGAGCCAACAACAGAGGAGGUUGGAGCUCCGGGGUCAACUGCUGAGAGAUUAGCUCGCGAGCUUCCUCCCUCCGAGCAGCCCAAAUCCUCAUGGGCUGAGGAGAUGGCCGAUAACGACUGGUCACCAGCUGCCGAAGUGAAAGAGAGAGAUCCCAAAAGUGAUACUGUUGUACCUGCUGAAGAGCCAGCUGCAGCAGAAUCAGCUUUCUCGACUUCUGCACCCACGGAAACUGAGAGCCCCACAACAGAGGAUGAUAAAUUGGCCUUGCCGAUCAAGAAGGGUAAGAAGGGCAAGAAAGCCAAGCGACAAAGCACUCUGGACGUGGACCUCGAGAAUGUUCCCACAGAUCAUCCCGCUGAAGUUCCAGCCAACAUCGAGCCUGAAACUGCCCAAGAAGAUCCUGUCUCCGAGCAGACUCGAGAAUUUGUGGUCGAAUGGCCUGCUCCUGAGGCUGAGGCUGCCGCUGCCCAAGGUGACGCCGAGAGCACUCGGAACAUGACCCCAAUGGAGCCGAGCAAGUCCGACCAGCCUGUCUCAUUGACCACGCCGGAAACCGUGGAGGAGGCCCUUGGCCCUGAAUGUGGCCCCUCCUUCGCCGAGGAAACCAUCACCGCGCCAGUUGCUGAAUCUCCCGCCGAGGUUGCUGAUGAUGAUUGGGCUGCGCCUACGAGGAAGAAGAGCAAAAAGGGCAAGAAAGGCAAAUCCGCCCCUCUUUCUGACUUUGAAGAUACGGCAAGCAAGGGUGCCGAGUCUGUGCCAGACAGUGCCCAGGUCUCAACUCAACCCGAGCCCGUACCCGUAGUAGAGGACGAGUGGGGUACAACUGCCAAAAAGGGCAAGGGAAAGAAGGGCAAGAAGAUGUCUUUACUAGCUUGGGAAGAUUCGAUUGUUGAACCAUCAAGCUCAACGGUACCAGUGGAGGCUGAGAAUGCUCAUACGCCGGUGGCCAUUACCGACAACGAGUCUGCCUUUGUUGAAAAACCUGCGGCUAUACCUGACGCAGCAGUACAAGAUAAAGAUGAUUGGGCCGCGCCUGUCAAGAAAAAGUCCAAGAAAGACAAAAAGCGCCAAUCAACUCAGGAAAGCUACACAGAGGCCGAGGCUCCUACGAAAUCUGAUGCUACGCGGGACAAUGACGCGGCAAAAGAUUCUAAACGAGAUGAUGCGACUACGAUUGGCGACGAGAGGCAAGAGAGGCGAUUUGAAGAAGCGGUUAGUGUUGGUGAAGUCGAAAGAGACGAUUUACCCAAAGUUGAAAUGACAAGGUCUGUUGACGAUAAGUUCAGCAGCUCUGACAGUAAGAUGACGACGAAAGAAGGCCUGGGGGCAGCUGGUGGUGGUAAGAAAACAGCUGGUCGCGACUCCCUCGAGGCAGUGGGUGCAGCCGCAGCGCUCACCGGUGGUGUAGCGGCUCUGGCGCAAAUGUAUGGAGGAGGGAAGAAGAAGAAGGGCAAGAAAUCCAAGAUCGUGGACAAGAGACAACCGCAGGGUGAUGACCUGUUUGACGACCCCGCGGUAUGGGAGGGACCAGACAAGAAGAACGUUGUGGAAGAGUCGGGAGACGAGACGUUGGAUGAUGGAGUUGAUGAGUUCUGGGGCCCAAGCCGACCAGACCCCGGCCCCAGCGUCGCACCGCAUACCCCCGUUAGCACCAGUUUUACCGAGUCUGGCGAUGAAUGGAAAGAGACUGCCAGACAAGGGGUGUCAGUGGAUGAUGAGUUUGUUGAGAGUCCUAUACUUGGGCGUGGAGAUUCUGUACUACCACGAUCCACGCCCGCUGGUCUCCUUCGACGUGAUACCAAGCCAGAAGAGCCAGCAGGCGGACCACUUGAUCAAGCACCUCGCGGUACCCCGUCACGACAAUUAUCCACGGAGCUGAGUGAGGUACGAUCCUCACCUACGAGGGCACUUCCUGCUGUCCAGGAGCUUCCCGAGGCGGAGAAGUUGGCCGCCACUGGUGAUCUCUGGCCGAUGGAACAAGCCAACCGUGAUAGCGGAUUCAUUCCAGAAUCUCCCCCACGACGCAGAAGCCCCGGCUUUGUAGACGAAAAGCUUCGAGACAGUGGCGUGGACAGUGGAGAUUGGCGAGAGCCGCUACACAUGCAGACCCCAGAGGCACAUAGCCGAGCCAUGGACAAACGGCUAGGACCUUCGCCCCUGAACACGCCUGUGCUACAAGAGCCGCCUCGAGACAAGACUACGACGCCGGUUGCCGACCCUGACAAGAAGUUGCGCAGAUCGAACAAAGACUACGGUGGGCUCGCGGCGGUGGCAGCUGGAUCAGCUGUACUGACUGCGGAAGCUGCGUAUCACGGCAAGGGUCACGAUAAUGAUAGACGUGCCGUCUCAGAUUCGCAUGCAGCAAUCAGAUCUGGACGGGCCGAAUCUACGGAUGGCGUGGCGCGGCGAUCUGUAUCCAACACGAGUCUGUCCCGCCAACGGACACCAGAGCCACUAAAAUUGCGGCCUGAGAGUCCAGGCAGCAUACUGGGCCAGCGAUCCACAGCCACGCCUACUCCUCCACCUCUGCGGCGGGUCGAUAAGCGCAUGAGCGGAGACCUCAGAGCUCUUCGUCAACAAAACAACUCCACGCCGCCCGUUGCCAACGAGGCUCGUGUCCGUACAAAGGACAUGGCCGACGUAUACGAUGGAUUUGGCGAAGGCCGCCUCGGGUCGCCUCGCUCACCUACGCGACCGCAUAGCAUGCGCCGCCGCCAGAGCAUGCAAGUUCUCGAGCUAGAGUCCAGGGUGGACCAGCUACUUGCAGAGAACCGUCUGCUGACGGAAGCUCGCAACCAAGCUGAACAAAACGCCAACCGAAGCGCCACAUCCGUCCUCUCUGAGCGCGACGCCGAAAUCGAUGCGCUCAAGCAGUCCCUGCAAUAUCUGCAAAACGAAGUCAAUCGCCUGACCGAAGUCAACGAAGGCCUGACCAGCGCCAAUGCCGAGCUCGCAAACAAGGACAACACCCGUUAUGCCGGCUUGGCAGUUCAUGGCGAUGGCACCCGCAGCCUUGAGGGUCCGGACGGCACCCCUAUCAAGACUCUCGAAGAGAAGGAUGCCGAGAUUGCUAGCCUUCGCGAGCAGCUUGAAGCUGCCAAGGAACAGGUCCGCGAGAUGCAGCGCCAAAUCCUCGCCUCAAAGGCUGCCGAUGCUCAGUUUCUCAAUAUCAGAGACGAAGACUACUUUGACAACCGCUGUCAGCAGCUCUGCUCCCACGUGCAGCAAUGGGUCCUGCGCUUCUCCAAAUUCUCAGACAUGCGUGCCUGCCGCUUGACGAGUGAGAUCAAUGAUGAAAAGACCAUUGACCGCCUCGAUAAUGCCGUCCUAGACGGCUCCGAUGUCGACAUUUAUCUCAACGACCGAGUCAAGCGACGAGACAUCUUCAUGUCCAUGACUAUGAGUAUGAUCUGGGAGUUUGUCUUUACUCGCUACCUAUUUGGUAUGGACCGGGAGCAGCGUCAGAAGCUCAAGUCCCUCGAGAAGCUUUUGACGGAAGUCGGCCCUCAAAACGCUGUCCGCCAGUGGCGUGCGGUCACUUUAACACUGCUCGCGAAGCGCGCCAGUUUCCAGGAGCAGCGCGAACUUGACACUGAGGCCGUCGUUCAGGCCAUCUUUCAGACGCUUUGCAAGAUUCUCCCACCGCCAAGUAAUUUGGAGAAUCAGAUCCAGUCGCAGUUGCGCCGCGUCAUGCGCGAGGCUGUCGACCUCUCGAUCGCAAUGCGGACGCAGCAGGCCGAAUACAUGAUGCUGCCGCCUUUGCAGCCUGAAUACGACGCAGACGGCGAGCUCGCGGCGACGGUACAGUUCAACGCGUCCAUGAUGAAUGAGCGGAACCCCCAAAAUAAGCAGACCAACGAGGAGAUUGAGGCCGACAAUUCGAUUGUUCGCAUCGUCCUGUUUCCUUUGGUGGUGAAGAAGGGUGAUGACGCUGGUGUCGGCGACGACGAGAUUGUCGUCUGCCCUGCACAAGUUCUCGUGGCGCGUGAGCACGGCAGGCGCCAUGUGACGCCUUCAAGCGACGCUGGCGGGGCCUCGCUCCUUGGUGCCCCCAGCCGUCUCAGCGUGGUGACGGAUGCCAUGCUCAGCCAGGCAGAUUCUCAUUAUGUCGAGGGUCGCAAUUGA